AUGACGGCCACCAACGCGACGACCAUCGAGAGCGUGUGCAAGCUACUCACCACGCCAUCUGCGGGGACCCAGCCGGAAGAUCCGAAGCCGGUGUCAUUGAACGUUGCCCAAACGGAAAUGCUGAACCGAUUGAUUGGACAUUUCAGUGCCGAAGGGUUCCGGCCGCAGGAGAGGACAGUCGACAGUAAGGGCAAGGAGAAGGUCAAGGCUGGCGCACCACUGACGGCCUGGGAGGCGUGCUCACUGCUCAACCGAGAGGCUCUCCUGCGUUGUCUGCGCGCUGACAAGUGGGACCUGGCCAAAUGUCAGGCCCGACUUGAGGAGACCAUAAUUUGGCGCAGGAGUCUCGGCGGCGAUGGCAUCGAAAUUGAGGGACAGGCAGCGACUCUAAAAACUGAGGCAGAAAGCGGGAAGAUGUUCACCCUCGGCUUCGAUAACAUCGGCCGGCCUAUCGUCCACAUGCGGCCUCGUAACCAGACCAGUGGUACCGGUGGCUCGGGACACCGGUUCCCACUGGCCUUCUGGCUCAUCGACCGGGCCAUCGAUCUCAUGCCCCCUGGAGUAGAAUCCAUCUUACUUGUCAUAGAUCUCGCUGGACCUCAAGAAUCACCGUCGGUCAAACAGCAAAAGGAUUUCGUUAGAACCCUAGGAGCACAUUACUGCGAACGACUAGGGCAGGCUCUAGUUUGCAAUAUGCCCACCUUAUUUGUUUGGGUACUCAAGCUUCUUAAGCCGGUAAUCGAUCCGGUGACCUUUGCUAAGGCAGUUGUUGAUAAAGCCGAUCCUCUGAAGUUCGCACCUGCGGAACAGCUGGACAGUCCAGCCGGGGGUACCAAUGGUUACGAGUUUGACAUUGAGAGUUACUGGCCAGCAUUGACCUUAGAAUGUGGUCAACGCCGCCGGGCACGACUAGAGAAAUGGGUGAAACUGGGGAAGAAGGUUGGCUCGAGUGAGCUCGAGGAUGAGCCAGCCGGCCAACGGGCCUCCUCGUCCAGCUCCGUCUCUUCCGCAUCCACUACCUACAGCGUUAGUAUGGCACCCAGCACCGCUAGUACCUCCGCUCCUGCCGAUUCGUCCACUUGCACCCUUCCUGAGAUCGCCCAUGGACCCGCCCCUCAAGCAAUGGUCGCUGUCUCCCAGUGAUCCUCUCUCAUCAAGCUAUCGUAAAUAUACCCAUGGAAAUGGCAUAUCAUAUCACACCCAGCCCACACAAUCUCUCUUUCGCCUCUCCAACCAUCCAUUACUUGCUUCUUCUACUUCUCUUUUGUGUAAUGCUUUUUCUAGACCUC